UCCUCUUAAGAAAACAACUGGUUUGCUGCUUCGGACACGAUGAAACAUUAUUUAUAAUCUAGAGUUUAUGUUUCAUGUCUUUGCCUCACAUGUGGAAUAGCUGUGUGCGCUGAGCCGUGGCUGAGUUUGAACGGAGAAGCUGCUGCUGCUGCUUGCAACAACAGUGCGAUGGCCAGUCCAGUGGAGGAGGUGAUUGAGCCAGUGGCUCAGAAUGCAACAGCACAAAACCUGGGCCGAAGGCGUUUUUCUCAUGAUCACCGUAAUCUGAGUCCAGAUGAGAUAGAUAACCUCAUGUCCAGCAGUGAUGGCCGGCCGUUCCUUGUGGUGCAUCAUCUUCCGGAAAUAAAGGAGGAGGGUAUACCAUACCUAAUGCCUGGUAUCCCCAUCACCUGUAGAGUGGACAACACAGAGAAAUACACUACUCGCUCAAAGGUCCGUGUGGGCACCUUGUACACGGUGUGGCUAACACACGGCCAGUUCCGCUGGACGGUGAAGAGGAAGUACAAGCACUUCCAGGAGCUGCAUCGAGACCUUUACAAGCAUAAGAUGAUGCUUCAUUUGCUGCCUCUGGCAAGAUUUGCAAAGGAUAGGCAGCAGCUGAGAGCCAUGUCAGAGGAAAUGCCCAGCCUACAUGGGAAUGAACGGACCAGAAGGACCUCCAGCAAAAUGAAAUAUCUUGAGGAGUACCUGAAUGGUCUGCUGGAGAACGCCUUCUGUAGAAAUGAUCACAGCAUGCUGGAGUUCCUCUCAGUAGGCGCUCUUUCCUUUAUCACGGAUCUUGGAUCCAAAGGCUUGGAGGGGCCCAUCUUCAAGAGGUCGGGGGGUCACCGGAUCCAAGGCCUGAAUUGCAUUGGCCAUCAUCAGUUCUGUUUCCGCUGGUCACGCCGCUGGCUGGUAGUUAAAGACUCUUUCCUGAUGUAUAUGAACCGAGACCAUGGCAACAUCAACUUUGUGUUGCUGUUUGACCCAGAGUUCAAAGUGAAAGUGGGCCGUGCCUAUACAGACACCAAAUACGGAGUCUGCUUUGAGAACUUCACUCGGAGUCUGGUCAUCAAAUGCAGCAGCUACAGACAAGCACAUUGGUGGAGUCAUGAAAUCAACAGGCUGGCUGAAACCUCUGACUUUCUCAAAGUGCAACGUUUCGAGGGGUUUGCUAUGCCACGGGAGAACACGUUAACUAAAUGGUACGUGAAUGGAAGCGGCUACUUUGCAGACCUGGCUGAUGCUCUUGAACAAGCCAAGGAGGAAAUCUUCAUCACAGACUGGUGGCUCAGCCCUGAAGUUUUCAUGAAGAGACCGGCAACUGAGAAUCACUGGCGCCUGGAUGAGAUACUCAAACGCAAAGCAGAACAAGGAGUGAAAGUGUGUGUUCUGCUGUACAAAGAAGUGGAGCUCGCACUCGGCAUCAAUAGCGAGCACAGCAAGAAGACUCUUAUGAAUAUGCACCCAAACAUCAAGGUAAUGAGACAUCCUGACCACGUGUCGUCCGUGGUGUUCCUGUGGGCUCACCAUGAAAAGAUGGUGGCCAUUGACCAAACAGUGGCCUUUGUGGGGGGGAUUGACCUCGCCUUUGGGAGGUGGGAUGACAGCCAGUACCGGCUAACUGACCUUGGUUUGACAAAGGCAGCCAACAGUGAAACACAGGAAGAGCAAAAUGCAGAUACAGGAGACAACGGUGCAGCUGAUGGUCCAAAGCCAUCUGAACCAGAUAAGGAAACAGAGUUAAACCCAGAAAAUCUGACUGGCAACACCAAACUGUGGCUUGGCAAAGACUACAGCAACUUUAUCAGGAAAGACUGGGUCCAACUUGACAGACCGUUUGAAGAUAACAUCGACCGUAGUCAAGUUCCUCGCAUGCCGUGGCGCGAUCUGUCUGCAGCUAUUCAUGGCAAAGCUGCCAGAGAUGUAGCCCGCCACUUCAUCCAGCGCUGGAACUUUACCAAGAUCUUCAAAAACAAGUACAAGGACGUUUUCUACCCUUACCUUCUCCCCAAGUCCCACUGCACCGCUGACUCACUCUCAUUCCCUGUGCCGGGGUCCACUAAAGCCAAAGUGCAGGUGUUACGCUCUGCCGAUCGUUGGUCAACUGGAACCUGUGAGAACUCGAUCCUCAAUGCCUACGUCCACACCAUCGAGAACAGCGAGCACUACAUCUACAUUGAGAACCAGUUCUUCAUCAGCUGUGCCGAUGGGAAGACUGUCCAUAAUGGGAUUGGUGAUGCUAUUGUGAACAGAAUCCUGCGUGCACACAGGGAGCAGAAGAAGUACAGAGUGUUUGUGGUGAUUCCUCUGCUUCCCGGAUUUGAGGGAGACAUCAGUUCAGGAGGUGGAAAUGCCAUCCAAGCUAUUCUGCACUUCACUUACAGGACUAUAUGCCGAGGGGAGAAUUCCAUCCUAACAAGACUUGCUGAAGUUGAAGAGAAGUGGACGGAGUACAUCACAAUCUGUGGCCUGAGAACACAUUCCCAGCUCACCGAGUCGAUCGUCACAGAGCUCAUAUAUGUUCACAGCAAGACCCUCAUUGCCGAUGACCGCUGCUAUAUAAUUGGAUCAGCCAACAUUAAUGACCGCAGCAUGCUGGGAAACAGGGACAGUGAGUUGGCAGUGUUUGUGGAAGAUGAAGAGAGGGUCCCGUCCAUCAUGGGAGGGGAAGAGUACCAGGCUGGACCCCUCGCACUCGCUCUGCGCAAAGAGUGUUUCAGUGUUCUUGUUGGAGCUGCUUCAGACUCCAGUAUCAACAUUGACGAUCCAAUCAGCGACGAGUUCUUCUUCUUGGCCUGGAAUUCAGCUGCCAAACUGAAUGCCACCAUUUAUGACAAGGUCUUCCGAUGCCUGCCCUGCGACGAAGUUCACAACAUGCGUGAGCUGAAGGAGUAUUCCAGCAAAGAGUGCCUCCGUGAUUCAGACCCAGAGCAGGCCAAAGAAGAGCUGAAGGCUGUCAGAGGGCUGCUGGUUCACUUCCCCAUGAAGUUCUUGUGUGAGGAGAACCUGCUGCCUCCACUGGGCACUAAAGAGGGCAUGGCUCCUGUGGGGCUGUGGACAUAACCACAACUCAGCCCAGAUUAGACCACUACGUAACAGUUAAAGAGCUGCAGUACCACAAGCUCCCCCAUGUAGUUUCAUCCUAAGCUAAUGUUCAGCACAAAAGACUAAAAUAGCCACAGCAUUGGCAGUUCAGUUGCAAGGGAAAUACAUCACCUUAACACAAUUUAUUUGUCAACCAUUUAUGUUUUUAUAUUGCCUAUUUGACUCACAAUGGGCAAGCUGGAAUAGAACCACUAAAAAGUAAAUUUUACGAUAAGUGAUCAUUUGUAAGAACAGUACAUUAACCUUUUGUGUGCCAGUUUGUUCACAAUAGCUGUAGCUGCUUUGUAACUUGUACGAUGCCAUCUGAACUGCAGGGCUGGCGGUGGUACAAAACACACAUAAAUGAAUGUAUGAGUCAGGAGAGGAUGGCAAGGUUGUAUUGGAAAUCAAGCAUCUCACAUGAUCUGGGAACAUAGUGUACAUUUAUUGGUGCAAGGUUUUUGGGUGGGUGGGUGGCUCUGUUUCUCUCUUUUUCUCUCUCUCUCUCUCGCUCUACCUCUCACUCUCUCCUUCUCUCCCUCUGAGGCUUCACCUCUCACUGCAGUGCCAGCAAAUCUGUCAGAAUAUUUGUGGUUGUUAUGGUGACGGAUAUAAAGAGAUGACUGGAUUGUAGCUGAAAUAAAGACUGGAUAGGGCAGAAAGGGGAGAGUACUGAUAAGAGGGAUAACUUACUAAAUUCGGAUGUUGGACCAGAAAAUAGAAGGUAAUGCGUCGAAAGGAGAUUGGCGAUUUCCGCUGAAGCAAAGAUAUUUUAAUAUUUCUAGAUAAACAAUCAGGUGCGAAAACUGAGAGGAAAGGAAAAGGAGGACAAGAUAAUUAAAGGGUGCGAGGUUGAUUUACUGUUAAUUGUUGCGUUUUUUAAAAAGUCACCAUGACAACCAAGUGAAUUAUUAUUUCACCAUGUUAUCAGUAGUCCAGAACAGAACAUUCCUCGUUCUAGAAAACGUGCGUGAUGCAGAGACACAGUUUGUUUGACCAAUGCAGUUUUCAGCUAUUCCCAUGCAAGCUCCACUGUCUUGUGUCCAGGUGCCAUAGAUGUCUUGCAUGUCUACCCUAUCACCAUUUACAUGCACUAGGCAUUUUUUUUUUAAAGUGAAUUAGGUUUAGCAUAACACUGUAGCAGUGACAUGUGUUUUUAGUGUUUUUACUCAUAGUGCAAUUCCAGUGUUUAGAGCGUUAUCAAGUCCUAUUUUUAAUCUUAAACUUCAAAGAUUUUUAAGUUUUGUUUGAUAUACAGUCAUAUCAGUUAGUCUCUCGCAAACCUGUUCAUUCCUUUUAGUGACUAAUCUUGAGCAAUCUGGAAGAGUUUCACACUGGAUGAAUACAGCAUCCGUGGUGAAUGUAGACAAGAAACUACCCUUUCUUUCGAAAUAUUGACAGAUUUGGAGAGAUGAUAUAAUAAUUAAGUAGAAUGUAGACGCUGCCUUCCUAAUGUAGACAAACAGGGUUCAGGUUGUUUUUAUGCAAUGACAAAAAUGUGAUAAAUGUCCUUAGCUGUAAGACAUGAAUGACAGAAAAGGAGUUUGACCAAGGUGAGUUAGAAAGAGCAUUUCUAUGCAUUUUGAACUGAAGAAACUUGAGAUUGAGUAUUUGGGUAAAGCAAUGUUACUUAGAGAAUUUGUUGUUACAUGAAAGUUCCUCCCAAGGCACACAGUCUGCCCACGUGUAAUCAGUGCUUCUGUAAAUCUAUAUCAAAGUUUAAAAAGCGUUAUCUUUUAUAUCCUUUGCCUUUUGGUGGUGUUCCCUUUGAAUUUUUCAAUAUGUGACAGAAGAAAAAUGUCUGUCCCAUGUAUUUUAAGGAGACCUGAAUGGUAAUGGAUGACACUGAGUGAUUGAUUGAUGCAAGUGAGUCAAAAGAGAGCACAAUUGUUGAGACUAGGACAGAACCACUGAUAUUGUACAGGCUGCUUCACGAGCGUUCGAGACAUACCCGCAAGUCAACACUACCUGCUGUGGUCGGCUUCAGUGCAAACUUGUCUGUGAAUGUGACAGAUGACAAGUGUCCCACGUGAACACCGCCUCGCAUUACAUGAGGCACCUUUCACAGAAGAGCCAGUAAAACCAUCUGUGUUUAGAACUGGUGCAUUGCUGUCUUCAGAACUGUUCACACUUUCCUUUGAAAGAAAAAUGUAACUACAAAUCCCUGCACACUAGAAGCUGAAUAUUCAGUAGUCUUUCUUGUACAGCACAGAACAGUUACCUUGAGUAGUAUUCUUUGUUUUAAGAUUAAGGUGACCUUAAACCAAGUGUACACUUAAUAUCUUUUCAAAAUCCUGUCUAAGGAGAGCAGCUCACAUCUCAACUGUCUAAUGAUUGCCUUUUAAAAACCCUGUUGAUAGGGCGCACACGAGGCAAUUUAUGACAGACAGAUAAUCAUACUGUUUCUAUCAUGAAUUUUGUUUUUUAUCGUUUUUAUUGGACUAAUAGCCAGCACUAACAAUACAUUUUUAUGAAUACAUUACUCAUAGAAACUUAUUGCCUUUUUAUUCCUAUUAGUCAUAAUGUGUAGACCUUUGUGUAUGAAGGUAUGCAGUUUGAGGUUAUUAUCUUAACCUUAUAGUUACUGAUGUAUAGGUUACUAAUACUCAGGGGUAGAUAGACAAUACAUUCUU